GGACACUGGACGACAUUCGGGCCGCGGCGGCCGCUGGGUGCAGCCGGGCGGUGUGGAGUGGAAAGAGCACUCGAAGGGCUCCCCUGAUACUAACAGUUCUACGAUUUAAAACUCCGCCGGAAUUUAGACAGGAUCUCACUAUAUUGCCCAGGCUGGUCUCGAAUGCCUGGCUUCAAGUGAUCCUCCCGCCUCCGUCUCCCAAAGUGCUGGGAUUACAGGCUUGAGCCACCACACCUGGCCUCACUCGAACAGUAAACGAGGUAUGUGAUGCAUUCCAGGUUCUCCAUCCAACUCAGCAUCAGCUACUUCACGGCAACUGGGUCCUGAUUAAUGUUCUCCCAAGGCAGACUUCACUGGAUCUUCGCUCAAGACGACUCUGCCAGGUUUUUCUGACCCCUCUACAUUGCUAUAAAGUGUCAAGGCCUUAAGACUUGGGUACGUGUAUUACAACGGCAAGAGUGCCAGCACCAACAAAAGACCCAUUGGACCUGUCAGCUCCUCUGUUUCACCAAGCAGACACAAUAACCUUCCCAACAAAGCAGAGUAAGCCAAGUGCCUCUGUGUGACACCACCAGCAGCUGAUAACGCAUAAGAAAAAUAUAACUAAUUUAAACUAGAGCCCUAUCUCUUCUUGAGAAGCUGGGAUUUGAAGGAGCUAUCCUGAGAUCUGUACUGCUAUCACUGUAUAUAUGCCUUAUUUCCUGGGUCCAUGGGAAGCAUGAGUCUGUUGGGACUUGGGACAAGAAGAAAACAAGACAUCUUCACAAGGAAAACCAAGCACUAAAAAAAGUAUCCCCCCAACUCUGGAGAGAGAGAACACAAACAUGGCUGACAGCGGACUUAGGGAGCCUCAAGAGGACUCUCAAAAGGAUUUGGAAAGUGAUCCAUCAAUAAAUCCUCAGGCACAAGAGACCACAAUCAUACCAAGUACUGCUGAAGAAGCUCAGACCCUACACCCUGCCGCUGGUCUUAGCAAAGGCCACCAAGACAUAGAGACAAUAGGUCCAGAAAGUGUAGAUACAGGUGAUAAAUCAGAAAGUCCAGAUGAAGCAAAUGUGCGGAAACAUCCAAAGGAUCAAACAGAACAUGAGAACAGCCAGAGUUUUCUGGAUGGUGAAAAAGGGCAUCACCUCCCUUCAGAAAGUCUGAGUGAAGAACCCUUGGAUCCAGACCCCAGCCAUUCUCCAAGUGACAAGUUAGGACGAGCAGAUGCACACUUAGGGAGCAGCUCUGCAGCCCUCCCUACGGAAGUGACUGACGGAAUGGGAGCAUCUCAGGAACCACCUGCUGCAGACUCCCAGGAAGCCCAGAGUCCCGGUCAUUCCAGUGUAGGGCAAGAGGGCAAGGAUACCCUGAGGAGGCGACUGCUGGCCCCCGAGGCUGGAAGUCAUCCACAACAAACACACAAAUUGGAAGAAAUUAAAGAGAAUGCACAAGACACCAUGAGAAAGACUAAUAAAAAGAAUAUUUGGAACUAUGGCCCUGUCUUUCUUUGCCUCCUGGUUGGGGCUGUUGUGCUACCUUCUGUGUAUAGCUACUAUUUCUCUCCAGCCCAGCAAGUGCCCAAAAAUCCAGCUUUGGAGGCCUUUUUGGCCCAGUUUAGCCAAUUGAAAGAUAAAUUUCCAGGCCAGAGUUCCUUCCUGUGGCAGAGAGGACAGAAGUUUCUCCAGAAGCACCUCAAUGCUUCCAACCCUACGGAGCCAGCCACCAUCAUACUUACAGCAGCUCGGGAGGGAAGGGAGACCCUGAAGUGCCUGAGCCACCAUGUUGCUGAUGCUUACACCUCUUCCCAGAAAGCCUCUCCCAUUCAGAUUCACGGGGCUGGAAGAACCUGGCAGGACAGUGAUACAGUCAAGCUGUUGGUUGACCUGGAGCUAAGCUCUGGCUUUGAGAAUGGCCAGAAGGCUGCUGUGGUCCACAACUUCGAAUCCUUUCCUGCCGGCUCCACUUUGAUCUUCUACAAGUAUUGUGAUCAUGAGAAUGCUGCCUUUAAAGAUGUGGCCCUGGUCCUCACUGUUCUGCUAGAGGAGGAAACAUUAGAAGCAAGUGUAGGCCCGAGGGAAACUGAAGAAAAAGUGAGAGAUUUACUCUGGUCCAAGUUUACCAACUCUGACACUCCCAGCUCCUUCAACCACAUGGACUCAGACAAAUUGAGUGGGCUGUGGAGCCGAAUUUCACACCUAGUACUGCCGGUCCAGCCAGUGAGGAGCAUAGAAGAACAGGGGUGCCUUUUCUAAAGCUAAGCACAGAGUUGGUUACAGAAGGUAUAUAUGUUUAUGAAAAAGUCUGUUUAAAGGCCUUCCAUUUAUAUGGAAGGGGGUUGAUAAAAUAGAUUGAGGAAAUAGCCUGAAAAACACAAACGAGCUUAUUUUAGAAACAAGUUUUUAUUUUUUACCUCUUAUAAAAUCUUUCUAAUGUAAGCCUUGACAAAGGUAAAAAUUAACCUAACUUCUUUUCUUUGCCUUUUGGACCAAAUCAGGUUUGAAAUAUAGGAUGAUAUAUAUGAGAAUUUUUAAAAAAAUUCUAAAAUAUAGCACCAUUGCACAGGAGAUACUUCUUAGAGUAACUACAGAGUGAUUUUUUUUAUUGUUUUUUUGAGUGAGACUCUGAAGAGCCUUUUGGAUAGUGUUUAGACUUGACUAAAGCAAUUACAAUUAUGAAGCAAUGAUAAUUUUUAGGAAAUUUUCUAUCACAUGUUGAAUAUUUUCAAACAUCACUUUAAUGAUCUAAAGUUAAGGGAUUACAUCUUAUAUUAAUUGUACAGUUUUGAGUAUAAAACAAGGAAAUAAGGAUUCAAACCAUUAAGUACGUACCUAAAUACUACAUGUAAGACACUGUGCUUUUAUUCCAUUGAGCUGAGGUAUAAGCACCUGUACUCAAAAAACUUUCUUAAAAAUGAGAACCAUUGGGGAAAUUGGGGUUUAUAAUCACUGGAAAUGAAGAAAUUCCAAUUGGCUGUAUCUUUACUUCAGCUUUUCUUGAACGAUUUACAGCAGUGAUUUUCAAACUGUGUCUACGGGCACCCUUCCCCCUUUUAUCAGAGCAGUUCUGCUUUUAACUGUUUUAUAUGUUGGGGUUUGCUGUGAGAUUUCAUUGCAACAAAGAGCUUCACUGAUAAUGAAGUUCGAAAACCAUCGAUUAAGUGAGAAAACAUCUUAGAAGAUAGGAAAUAUGUAAAAAAAAGAAUGUAUUAAAUCUUAUGGGUAGGAAGCUGAAAUACAGGUUUAUUGUAUAGAUACAUUAUUUAUGAAUGAUAAAGAUCUAAUAUGAACAGCAGAAUGUAUAAGCUAGCAUUUACUAGCAUGUUUCUGAUGCUUUUGUUCAUUUCUGUUAAUCGUCAUCUCUGUCUCCUCUGCAUGGAAUUUUAUACUUCUCUAGGGUGAGAGUUUGUAGGCUCUUUCAGCAGAACAGAUUUUUAAUAACCAUUUUUAUUUUUAAAAUUUUUGAACCAAUUUAAUAGUAAAUUUUAUAUGAACACUUGGCA